GGUUUUUUUAAGUUUUUUUUUUUAAAAAAUAAAAUAAACUCCAACUCUCUCUCUCUCUCUCUCUCUCUCUCUCUCUCUCUCAGUGUUCUCGCAAAUGUUGUUCAAACAAUGAUUUGAAUUUAUCAUUUCUCUUAUUAUGUAUAGAUAGAUGUAUAGAUAUAUAUGAGUGAUGAAUAUUGUGAUAGAAAGAAAAGUUUACCCAAAUUGAAAAAUUUAUCAAUUCAGUUCCCAAAUUUCAGAUUCGUCUUCUACAGAAUUCAGUUCUCAAAUUUCAGUUGAGUUGAGUUUAGUUCCUAAAUUCCAAAACCCUAACAAUGAAUAGUUCAGUUUAGUUCUUCUUCCGAGUUUAGUUCUCCGAAUCGCUCUUCGCUCGCUCUCCACCUACACGACACGCUAUACUUUGUUCUUCCUUCCAAAGGUGUGUAUCUGCAUCGUCGUUGUAUCUGCAUCGCCGUGGUCGACACAAUCUGAUUGGCACAUACUUCAAAUUGCUUCAGAGCAAACAAGAGUGACCUGUGCAGCUGUACUAUAAAAGAAGUGCACAAGAAGAUGUCAAACCUAAACGGUUGAGAGGUCCAACAAGAUUGUUAGAUGUAUGGGACAUGGCGGGUGGUGAUGUUAUAAUUGUUAAUUUGGACAAGUAUGGUUGUCCUGUAGAUGACGAACUGUAGAUGACGAAGGGUCAACUCUUACUUGUUUCAUAGGCAGCAUGGUUCGAAGGCAUCAAUAUGCUUCACUCAAUUACAGAUCUUGGAAAGACAUGUCUGAUAAGGAGAAAGAAACCAUGUUGGAUGUAAUGCAGUUAAUUAAUAAAAUAAAAAAUUAGAGGGUAUUACACUUAUGGAUACGACAAGAGAAGAACUUCCUGACACAAUGGCUGCAAUUCGAUUAUCCGGUAUGGAAAUUAGUGACGUAAUCAAUGAACUCGGUGAUCUUGGACAAGAGAUUACCCAAGGUGUUAAAAGCUCCACUCGCGUGGUUCGCUCCGCGGAGGAAAGGUUUCGCCGUUUAACCACUAUGAUACCUUCUUCUUCUUCUUCAGCUUCACUGCAGGGAAUGGAAUACAGCCCCAAAACUGAGCCUGACUCGGGCGCGCUUGCGGUGGCAAGAACUGCUAGGGGCACGAGAGAGGGUAUUAUCAAGGGUCGUGGUAUGUUGAGGAUGUUUUUCUCCCUUGCCCAAUUUUCAAGUUUUGCUCUCAAAUUCAUUACUGGACAUGGAAAAAGGUUCCAAAUGCCUCUAGUGCCCCUUGCCAAACGAAUUAUCUUAAUCCGGACACUAAUGAAGAUGAUGGCACCGAUGAACAUGAACAAGAGGAAGAUUAUCCGCGUUUUGUAUAAGAUCCAAGAUAUUUGUAAUUUUUAUUACAUUUUCUUUAAAUAUUACAUGAUACUUUUAGUUUUACAUUAGUUUGACAUGUUUGUAAGACUUGGUGAUAAAUUUAUAAAUAUAUUGAAGGGUCCAUUUGAUUUUGCUUCAUAAA